GAUUACAGGCGUGAGCCACCGCCCCUGGCCCGGACUCUCGCCCUGCUUCCAAAUGCUAGCUAACCUGUGAGCCUUUCGCCUGUCCCCUUUAUUUGCCGUCCUCAUUGGUGACUCACUUGUCUUCUCUGCGUCAACUUUCCUUUUCAUUUUCAUUUGUUUAUCCUCACCUGCUCUGCUUUUAUCUGCUAGCUUACAUGCCUGACUCGCACCUGAUGCUUCAGCCAGUACGCCCUCACCCGACCCCGACAGGUCAAAGUUUCUUGGUCCCCAGAUUCCCCUGUGCUUUCCAGAGGGUGGGGCCUCGCUGGAAGACGGGAAAGCGGAACUUCAGUCCAACCAGGAAGCACCUGGGAGUUUCUGAUUCGGAAGGGGCGGUGCCUUAUGGAGAAGCUGCCAAUAAAGAACCGAGAUGAAAGAGGGAUGGCUUAGCCAAUGAGACUAGGAGACGGGAUCGGGGGGUGAUCUGGAAAGCGCGAUCAGUGAAGCGGACGAACAGCAGGACAAGGCGGGUCUAGUGACAGGAAUGGGCCGAUGAAGCUCUGUAGGGGCGGUGGGUAGGCCGAUCGGGCCGUGUCCCCGGCAUCCAGAUCCGACGGAAUUUGGAAAUCCCGGGGCUACUCUUACGUUGAGCUUUUAGGAGCGAAGGAGAAAAGCCACCACCCUGACGAUCCCGGCUCUCGACCCACCUUCACUCAGGCGGCCUGGAAGCGGAAGUGACGAACACGGAAGUGGUCUGCUGUUACCGAGGGGACGGGCCGGGCAAAUGCCAACAUGGCAGCGGUUGGGGCUGGUGGUUCCACCGCGGCGGCCGGGCCAGGGGCGCUUUCCGCGGGUGCAUUAGAGCCGGGGAAUGCGAGUGCGGGUGAGACAGAGUUGCUUCUCACUUGGGCGGGAGCCGAGGCGCGUGGCCAGGGCUUGCCUCAGCCAUUACCUGAAACCUCGGUAAGGAUUCCAGCUCACAGGCGCCUGAAGUACAUAUCCCUAGCUGUGCUGGUGGUCCAGAAUGCCUCCCUCAUCCUCAGCAUCCGCUACGCCCGCACGUUGCCAGGGGACCGCUUCUUUGCCACCACUGCUGUGGUCAUGGCGGAAGUGCUCAAAGGUCUCACCUGCCUGCUGCUGCUCUUCGCACAGAAGAGGGGUAACGUGAAGCACCUGGUUCUCUUCCUUCAUGAAGCUGUCCUGGUGCAGUAUGUGGACACACUCAAGCUCGCAGUGCCCUCUCUCAUCUACACCUUGCAGAAUAACCUCCAGUAUGUUGCCAUCUCUAACCUACCAGCUGCCACUUUCCAGGUGACGUACCAGCUGAAGAUCCUGACCACAGCGCUGUUCUCCGUGCUCAUGCUGAACCGCAGCCUUUCCCGGCUGCAGUGGGCCUCCCUGCUGCUCCUCUUCACUGGUGUCGCCAUUGUCCAGGCACAGCAAGCCAGUGGGGGAGGCCCACGGCCACUGGAUCAGAACCCUGGGGCAGGCCUGGCAGCCGUCGUGGCCUCCUGUCUCUCCUCCGGCUUUGCAGGUGUCUACUUUGAGAAGAUCCUCAAAGGCAGCUCAGGCUCCGUGUGGCUGCGCAACCUGCAACUGGGCCUCUUUGGCACAGCACUGGGCCUAGUGGGGCUCUGGUGGGCUGAGGGUACCGCCGUGGCCACCCGCGGUUUCUUUUUUGGGUACACGCCUGCUGUCUGGGGCGUGGUGCUCAACCAGGCCUUUGGUGGGCUACUGGUGGCUGUGGUUGUCAAGUACGCUGACAACAUCCUCAAGGGCUUUGCCACCUCCCUGUCCAUUGUGCUGUCCACUGUUGCCUCCAUUCGCCUCUUUGGCUUCCACGUGGACCCAUUAUUUGCCCUUGGCGCUGGGCUCGUCAUUGGUGCCGUCUACCUCUACAGCCUUCCCCGAGGUGCAGCCAAAGCCUCUGCCUCUGCUUCCGCCUCCGGGCCCUGCGUUCACCAGCAGCCUCCCGGGCAGCCACCGCCACCGCAGCUGUCUUCCCACCAUGGAGAUCUCAUCACGGAGUCCUUUCUGCCGAAGUCAGUGCUGGUGAAGUGAGGGCUGGCAGCAAUGGGGAACACAAGGGAGGGGGACUGGGGUGGAGGGUGUUGGGCAUCUGCAGGACCCAAGUCGCCGCCCUCCGGGGCCUGGCUCCUCUGGGUUUGGGAGAUGGUCUUUUCUCCCAGGUCACUGAGACUUCUGGAGGGGUGUGGGACUAGAGCUGGGUGUCACGUGAACCCUUCCUGGUAGGCUGACCCCCUUCCCCCAGUGGGGGUUUUAGAGCUGCCUCCUCUGCCCCCUCUAACCUCUUUGGAGGCAGGGUCGGGGUUAUUAUUCAAGGCCUUUUUUUUUGUCUGCUCCCUCCCUGACCCUAUGCCCUCUUCUGGAGGUGUCUUGUCUGGGAGAGUCCCUCCCAGCAGUCCCUCCACCUCCAUAAGGACACACUGGACAGAACUCCGCAGCUCUUCAGGAAUGACCGAUGCCUACCUGUUGGGGUUCAGUUGCCCGUAGUUUGAGGCCUUCUCUCCUCCCUUACCACCGCUCUGGAUCAUGUUAGCAGUUCCGUCUUUUGUGUGGCCUUGGGCCAGCUUCCCUGACACCUUGAAGAUGGACUUCUUGUGAGUCCCCAGGGAGAAAGGGACAAGAGCUAAGAUUUUUGCAUCAGCCCUUCUGGCAGAAGGUGCGGUUGGGGCCAUUUGAUUUUUAGUGGACUUGGGAUUUGUGGUGUAAUCAUAUCAUUAAUGAUCCAGGGUGUGGGAAAAAUGGAGGUCCUUGAAGUGGCUGAAUCUCAUCGUAUUUAAGACACUGUCAGUUGCCAGAUGCAGGGUUAUUUUUGGAGACGUCUAGAGAGGAAAAAUAAAGCUGCCAAUCAUACUGUUGAUAUCUGUCUGGCUGUGUGAGGCACCCCUACCUCAUGGGGGUGUCGUGGGAUUGAUGAACUGUGGAACCUGCCUCCUGCACUCCCCAAAGCUUAUUAACCCCUUAACUGUAUUGGGGCGGGGUGUGUGUGUGCAUGGAAGAUGCCUGGGCUGUCUUUGCUAUGUGUAAAUAGAGCCAUUGGAUCUUUAUUUUUGAUUAAUUUGUUCUGAUUUUUUGGUUUGUUUUUUAAGGAACUGUAAUGAACAAAUGUCAGGAUAUCCAAUGCCAAAUAAAGAUGUUGUAUUUAUUUA